AUGGUGGAGAAAACUUCGGUGAAGAUCCAGAAAAAGAAUGCGAUCCAGCUGAUCUCCUGCCGCAUCGCCAGCUCACAGGACAGCUACACAGAAUAUCAAGAAGGCGAGCCGCGAAACCUGGGUUUCUACGAAAAUUCCUACAACGACGCCUCAUCGAAAUUCCGUACAGAUAGCCCGCUAGCAAAGUACGCGACCACGCAGCUCCAGCUCGAA